AUGCCCGUGACGUUCUGCAGUGUGGUCCUCGGCCAGCCCGAGAUCGCGUCGCUGGUCUUUGAGUUUCAAUGUGGCUUGUAUGACGACGUGCGCUCGGCCUUCCGCGCCUACGAGGAGCUCAUUGAGUUUGACGCCACGCGAGAUCGAUUCGAGUGCGACGUGUCGUUUGCCAAGGCAUUUGCGCCACACGCUGCGUGGGAAGGCGGCUUGACGAUUUUGCCUGCCGACUAUUUCACCAAGCACGGUGCCAACGACGCCCGUCUCCCACUGCACAUGGCCAUUGCCCAAGACUUGGUGCAGUUGACGAAGCGCAUGCUUCGCUGCCGGCCUGACCUCGUCUCGGAAGAUGCGAUCGUCGUGGCGUUCUACAGCAACCGCCUCGAGAUGGUCGAGCUCCUCCUCGAUGAACGAACGAAUGUGCCCGAGCUCCGUCGCAACGCUGAGAACAGCGAGAACGACGUGCGCGUACAGGGCAAUAUGUGCCGCAUCUUAUCCGACAUGCUGUCUCGAGACGACGCGAGCGGCGUCGAGCUGCUCUGGCGCUUUGGCCUGCGCCGUGGCGACUUUGCUCGGAGAGUUGUGGUCUUCAGCAACCGUUUACCCACGUCCGAGAACUUUACGCGCGCACUCGCGUACUUUCCAUGGCUUCUCGAUCUGCAUCCACGUCUUCUGGAUGCCGUGGUUGCGGCGGGUGGUCUCUUGCCUCUUGUGCGCUUGCUGCACGAACGCGGUGUCGUCUGCCUCCCGGUCCUCUGGUACCAGCUCGCGUGGGUCGCACCGGACACCACGACGGCCGCAAUCAUCGACAAAAUGAUCCUCCAGUUCAUCAACGGCGAGCCGCCGGUCAUUGGCGCGGGUGCGCAAGGCCACCGGCUCCUCCAUCAAAGUAUCGUCUUCGCGCCAAAACACCAAGCUGGCCUCGGCCUCAAGCCGGCGCUUGUUACGUGGUCAGCGCGUCACCGUGGCCACUCGCUACGCUACAUGCAGGCCGCGCUCACGACGUCCCCGGUUCCGGCCUGGUCGUCGCCAAGCAUGGCUGUCGUUGCCAACGCAUACGCGCCGUGGGGCAACUUUGCCGACCUCGCCUUCGCCGACCCGUCGCUCCCCCGGAUCCGGCGCCUGCUUACGUCCAAGGCAGUGCCCGACCGGUUCAAGUUGAUGCUCAAGUACUGGUUCGACAUUCGCGUGGGGCCGAGCACGCUUCCGGCGCCGUCGCCGCUGGUCCACGAACAACCGCUUUGGUCCAACCAGUUUCUCCCGAUCGGGAUCACUCAAGCCCAACACGUCCACACCUUGAUGCUCGCCGCCGCCCCGAUGGAGCCGCUCGCGACAAGAACUCAACGCCUCAUCCAAGCAGUGACGGCACAGCGCCGCGGCCGUGACCUCGGCCCACACGUGAUACCGACCGACAAGUGGCUCGGCUGGCUCGCUACGACGGUCGACGCCUUCAAGUGCGGCCCUGUGCCAAGCCCGACUCCCAAGCCGCCAUGGCUGGUUCGACUCCACAAAGUUACCAAGCCGUUGACCCAGACGACGCCUGCCGAAGCCCGCCGACGUCGUGCCCCGCCAAGGACGCGCUUGCAGCUACCGACCCGCCACCUGGGCGUCGAGGAAGACUUCUACGAGGCGCCUGCCGCCUACGCCGACUUCGUCUACGAAGUGAUGCUCCGCGCGGUCAAGUUCCGCGCACAUUUGCACUGGCUCGACAGGGCCGACCAAGCGUGCCUCUUCUGCCCCGCGCACGAGACGUACCGCCACUUCCUCGUAGACUGCGACUUCAUCAAGGACGUGUGGAGCACGCUUCACGCCGUCACG